UCCGGAAGACUGUAUGAAAUCUGUCAUAUCAUUAACCGUCAUUGUUGUAACCGAAACCCGGUCAAAUUCAUCAAGAUGUAAUUUACGAGCGUAAAAAAUUUUCAGCCCCGUGCGCCUAUCCCAUUCACAAUAACUUGACAGGAUGCAACACAUCACGAGACACUUCCUCAAUAAAUACAAUCAGCCGAAAAAUAUAACAAAUCCAUGUAGAAUUUGCAAGUUGCAAGUCGCUGACAAAAGUGGUAUACAGUGCAAGGGAAAGUGUGCAUGUUGGGCACAUUUCAAAUGCUUAGGCUAUUCCCCCCAGAAGAUUCUUGACAUAAAAGAUGGGAAAAUCAGCAUUGUCUGUCCUUGCCCGAAUUGUGAUUCGAUGAAGAAACAACAGAAGAAGGAUCUGAAACCAUUCAAACCUUUAUAUCCACCUAUGGGAGGUAUUUACGUAACACCAUCUUUGCGUUCGAUGCAAGCUUCAGAGCCAGCAAGAUUGGCCUUUGUUAAAACGACUCUGCCUAAUAAAGUAUUAAGGGAUUUCGGAAACUUGGAAGAUACUGCGGCUGACGAAGUAGCGAGGGUUGACGGAAUUCCGGAAAAUACUACAACAAAUGAAGUAAUAACUACGUCGAAUAAAGUGGUAAGGGAUAAUGGAGUUUCGGCAAACACUACGCCGAAUGGAGUAGUAGCUACGCCGAUUAAAGUGGUAAGGGAUAAUGGAAUUUCGGUAGAUAAGCCCACUGAAAUAACAAGAGAUGACAGACUUUAUGGAAAUGCUACGAUCAAUAGAAGAGUAAGGGACAAUGGAGUUUUUAUUAAUACUACGCUGAAUAAAGUAGUAAAUGAUAACGGACUGUUUGCACAUACUACACCGAAUAAAGUAUUAAGGGAUAAUGGAGUUUCAGUAAAUACUACGACAAAUGAAGAAGUAAGAGAUAACGGACUGCUGGCAUAUACUAUGACAAAUGAAGUAGUGAAGGAUAACGGAGUUUUAGUAAAUAAUACGCGGAAUGAAGUAUUAAGGGAAAACGGAGCGAAGGGUAACGAAUUUUCAGUACAGACUACGUCGACCUAUAUAUUACGGGGUAAAGAUUUUUUUGAGCCUAAACCAAAUAAAGUAUACGUGGAUAAUGGAGUUUUGGCAAAGACAGCUCAGGAUGAUGUAGCAAACAAACGCGUAACGCAUAAUGAAUUUUCAAUACAGACCACGGCGAACAAAGUAUACAGGGAUAACGGAGUUUAUGUUAUGAGUACUCCAAUUGAAAGAGCAUACAAUGAAUUUUCGGUACAGACUAUGCCGAAUAAAAUGUUAAAGGAUGGCGGAGUUUUAAAAACGACUACGCCUAAUGAAGGAGUGAAGAAAAAAAAUUGUUUGGAGCCUGAGAUUACUCUGAAUGAAAUGUUAAGGGACAACAGAUUUUAUGUAGAACGUGCGCCGAAUAAGUAUAGGAAUAACGAUUUUCCAGUAAAAACUAAUGCAAGUAAUGCAUAUAACAAACCAUUAGUACAGACUACACAGAAAGAAAUGUCAAAAAAUAAAAAAAAAAUGGGGGAGAAAGCGAAAUACAAAGUUUUAACGUAUACCGAAUGUUCAGCACAGACAAUGCCAAAAAAUUUUAAAGGAUAGCAGAUUUUUGGUAGAGACUACGCCAAAUAAAGUAGGUACUUAAUCAGGUGUAAAAAUAUUGUAUGAAUUGCAUAUAGCACGUUUAUUAAUGGUUUCUUUUGACAAUGAAUUGACACCAGGUUGGUAUAUAUAAUGCUCGAUUGUAGCCCGAUUUAAACGUUAUUGUUUAAAUAAAUUAAGACGAAAGAGUCCUACAGUUAAAAAUGGUACCUACCUGAGUUAAAGCUGUUUAUAUUCCAGUACUAUGUUUAUGUUUUCAUGGAAAAACCGAAUAUUAACUUCAUAAAUAUACACACAGGCCAGAUGGAAGACGAUCACCGAAAUCGAAAUAAUAAAACAGAAUUGGAAUUUGCUGUAUUUUAUGACAAUGAAUGUCUACUGCUCACUAAAUAGUGUACCUACGUGUACUUCUUUACGUUCCUUCAGUUUAUGUCGGCCGCCAGCUGUUUAAAUUUAGAAUCUCUGAACAUUUUUUUGUCUGUUCUUACUCCCCUCAACUUUCAAAUGUUUCUGAUCAAAGACAUGGUGGACACAAAAAUACUUUUUGGCAAUCUUUCCCAUAAUGGCUUGAAGGAGAUGGUAUUAGGAGUUCCUUAAUGUUUGACGAAG